AUGGACCCGCCAUACUUUUGUUGGGUCUUCGCGCUUGUUGCGAUAUUUGCUACAAUCGUGACUGCUCUUCCUCAGCCGAACUACGAGCAGAGUCGUCAGGGUCAGUCCUAUGGCAGCAGCCGAAAUGAAGGAUUUGGAGAUGUAGGCGGCAGCACCUACGACCAGCAACAACGACAACAGCCGUAUAACGCUCAAGUGAAAACUGGAGCUUAUGGCGACCGAACGGGAUCCACAGGUUAUGGUGAUCAUAGAGGAGGGUCUGCAGGUUAUGGCGACCAUAGAGGAGGAUCUGCAGGUUAUGGCGACCAUAGAGGAGGCCGGGAAGAGUACGGUUCCCAUCGUGGAGGCCAAGGUCAAUACGGAGAGCACAGAGGUCAUCAAGGAGGCUACCAACAACAUGGAUAUUAG